CACAGAGAUAAGAGAGUCUCUCCCGAGAAGACGCAGAAGAAGCCACGCGAGGACCCCCCCCCUUUUUUUUUUCCACCGCUUUUUCUCUGCUGUCCCCAUCUGUCCCCUCUCCUCCUCGCUCCAUCCCGCGACCAGCCACCGUCGCCUUUCGCCCCCCUCGUCUUUUGUCCCCUGCACCCGUCUGUGUCUCACCCCUCACCCCCCCCCCCCGGAGAGAGGGAAGGAAGAAGCAGCAGUCCGAGGCAUCAUCCUCCCCUUCGCUGCACGCCCAGCCGGUGGUGGCUGCUGCUGAUGCUGUAACCACUGUGAGGAGCCGACAAGCCCUGGUUGAUGCAGUGAAGUGUUCCAGCGGGACAAACACAAGCGAAGGUCGCCAGCCAUGGGGAACCUCAUUAAGGUCCUUGGCAAGGAUUUAGAGAACUGUCCACAUUUUUUCCUGGACUUUGAAAAUGCUCAACCCACGGAGGCCGAGACCGCCGUGUGGAACCAGGUCAGCGCCGUGCUGGAGGAGGCUCACGGGAUCCUGGCCGAGCUGCAGUCGUACAACGGCGCGGGACAGGAGAUACGAGAAGCCAUCCAGAACCCCGGCGACCUCGCUCUGCAGGAGAAGGCCUGGAACGCAGUCUGCCCCCUGGUGGCCAAGCUGAAGCGCUUCUACGAGUUUUCCCUCCGACUGGAGAACGCCCUGCGCAGCCUGCUGGAGGCGCUCACCAGCCCGCCGUACGCUCCCAUGCAGCACCUGGAGAGAGAGCAGGCCCUGGCCAAACAGUUCGCCGAGAUCCUUCACUUCACCCUCAGCUUCGAUGAGCUCAAGAUGACCAAUCCAGCCAUUCAGAACGACUUCAGCUACUACAGGAGGACUAUAAGCAGGAACAGGCUGAACAACCAGCAGCUGGAAGCGGAGAACGAGGUCAACAACGAGAUGGCCAAUCGGAUGUCUCUGUUCUACGCCGAAGCGACACCGAUGCUGAAGACUCUGAGUAACGCCACCACCAAGUUUGUUUCAGAGAACAAGACCUUGCCCAUCGAGGACACCACGGACUGUCUGAGCACCAUGGCCUGCGUGUGCCGCGUCAUGCUGGAGACUCCGGAGUACCGCUGUCGCUUCACCAACACGGACACCAUGCUGUUCUGCAUGAGGGUGAUGGUGGGAGUCAUCAUCCUCUACGACCACGUUCACCCCGUAGGGGCCUUCGCCAAGACCUCCAAAAUAGAUAUGAAGGGCUGCAUCAAGGUGCUGAAGGAGCAGCCGUCCAACAGUGUGGAGGGACUCCUGAACGCACUGAGGUACACGACACGGCAUCUAAAUGACGACAGCACCUCCAAACAGAUCAGGGCCCUGCUGCAAUGAGGAGGGCCCUGAGGAGGGGGAGGGGGGGGGGGGAGAAGGAGUGCACUUGAAGGAGGCGGAAAAAGGAGGCGAGGAGGAGGAGGAGUGGCCAAUAAACCCGUUUGUUUACAACGAACAAAGGAAAUCAUCUCUGGGCUUAAACCUGAUGAGAAUAAGAGGGAAAACUAUUAUAUAUAUUGUCAGCUGUCCAUCAUUCUGUCUCUCAUUUUGUAAAGUAAGAAAAGAGAAGAAAAAAAGCCAGAAAAUGAAAUAUAGAUAUAUAUUAAAAAUAAGUGAAACACAUGCAGCAGGUGAAAAAGAAGUAGAAUUAAAGAUUAAGCUAUAUUGCAAAAAACCUAAGGUCAGAACCGCGGCAAGCUGAAAAUGUAAAAAAGAAAAAGGGUUCAUGCUCCAGCUGUAGUCUGACAAGUAUUUUUGCACACAAACAACUUCAUCUCCGCCCCCCCGCCCGCAGGGGUCCAAAUCCCUGAGGCCCCCCCACCCGCUCAGGAGGCUUUAGGCUGUGGAGGUUGUCUCCGUCAGCUGCACUGAUCUCCACCUUCAGGUGAUCCAUGAAGCAAUGUGAUGGAGGCCCUCCGGAGAUUUGCUUCCACCUGUUUUGUCCACUUUCUGCAUCGGUGCAGCUGAAGGAAAGGAGGCGAGGAGACGAGAAGUCUUUUUGGGACCACCUCCGUUAUUCUCCCUGAUUUCCCACCACCCUCACCCCUAUCCUCGCCCAUCCAUCCUUGGGACAUGUGGCUUUUCCAAGUAAACAAAAAGCUCGAUCCAACGUUGUGUCCCCUGAAGCUCAAUGUGUUCCAGCACAAAACAUCAUGUGAUUGUUCCGGCUUUACUUGAACAACGCCGCUCUCUCUCUCUCCAUCUCCAUGGUGCCGAUGUGGUCCAGAUAUCGCAGCUCUAUCUUGUAAGAUAUCAGUCACUUCCUCCCUUUUUGGCUUUGCACGAAUACGUUGAGGCUCACGUUCAGAGAACAUCUGCCUCAAGCUUCUCACAUUAGUGCUCAAAAAGGGACGAAUCGGACGUGAGCAACAUCAAAAGCCUUCGAGGAAACCACAGCACACUUGCUUCUUCACCCAGUGCCAAAGCUGUUUUUGCUUUUCUUCCACCAUGAAGCCAAGUUUGAGGAUUGGGAGGGGCGGAGGGGCGGAGACGGGGUCUUGCGGUCCCGUGAAACAUCAGCCGAUCAUUAUUUCAAGGACAUAAUAUGUGAUACGAUACUCACAAAUAAGGCCGUCAGAUUCACAUUUCCAAAAGGCAGAUCUCUGAGCGCUCCGGUGUAAAUAUGUGAGGCUUUUCUCAACGGGCAUCCGUGCGGUCGCCUUGGGUCCUCAAGGGAUGAACAGAACAAAUAUGUGGGAAUCUGCAUCGAUAAGAGUUAUUUCUUUUAGUAUGAGGUUGUCAAAGAACGAAAUAAUUGAAGCGGGAAAUAAAAAUAAAAAAAAAAUAAAAAUCAAAGGAGAAAGAAGUGCUGUACUUUGGAUGUCUAUAGGCCCUUAGUCUAAUUUAAUUUGAUCUUAUAAUAUAUUUUCUAUACAGGGGUAUGCGAACAAGCAUAGUCUGUAUACAUAUAUAGAUGGCAUGUUGUAAAAGUUCUGACAGAAAUGUGUAAAUAAGGUGUUUUUAUUCAUUUUUAAUUGUUCAGUGACGCUGAAAUUGGGUAUGUGUUGUCUCUCAGAAGUACCAUGCGUUUGGCUUGGGCCAUCGGACUUGCCGUAGUCAUAGGUUUCAGAAAAUCAGCUUCAUUACUGCAGGUGAACCGGAGGGUGGGGGGGGUAGGAGCCGUCCAUUUGCUUGUUAUUUUGUACAUUUUGUGCAACAAUAAACUUGUCAUUUAUUACGUUCAA